AUGGACCUCUCCUUUGGGCAUUUGAAGGAUAAGAUUAUUGUGGUGUAUUUGGAUGAUUUAAUUGUAUUCUCUAGAAAAAGGAAACAUCAUGUGUGGGACCUGAGGAAAGUUUUAAUGAGAUGCAGAGAGCAUGGGGUAUCUUUAAAUCCUAAAAAGUCUAUUUUUGGUGUCACAGAGGGAAAACUUUUGGGACACAUUGUCUCACAGGAACGAGUGAAAGUUGAUCCUCAAAGAGUAAAGGCGAUACAACAGCUUGGCCUUCCCUCAAGUAGAAAUGGAUGGAAUGAAGCUGGCAGAAAAGCUUUCGAAGAGAUUAAAAAGGCAAUUGCACAUGCACCCACCCUGAUUUUGGUACAAAAAGGUGAAGAUAAUGAAGAAGUGUCGAUCUCAUUUAUGAGUGUUCCCCUGAAGAAGCAUGAGAUGAAAUACUCACAGAUAGAGAAGCAUGCUUAUGCAGUGAUUAAGGCCGUUAAGCAGUUCAGGUAUUAUAUACUUCACUCACAUGCAAUUGUCUUUGUUCCUAAUACUUCAGUGAAGGUUGUUUUAACUCAACAAGAUGUUGGCAUCAACAAUAGAGCGUUUUGGGUUUCUAAGAUACAAGAAUUCAAUUUAGAUAUCAAGCCCACUAAACUAGUCAGAGGACAAGGCCUCUGUAGAUUGAUGGCCGAAAAUGAGUUCAAAGAGGACAACAAUUUACCUAUAACUCUGUUCGUCGAUCAUCAAGAUUCGUGGUUCACUAAUGUGGCGUAUUAUCUUACAUAUGGGGACUGUCCGGAUGGUCUUUCUCCUAGAGAGAAAAGGAAUUUGAGGUUGAAAGCUGCGAAGCCUGUGGUGAUUGAAGAACCAUUUAAGCAGUGGGGGCUUGAUUUUAUUGGUCCUUUGAAUCCUAGUUCUAGUGCAGAGCACACUCACAUCUUAACGGCGACGGAUUAUUUCACCAAAUGGGUGGAGGCUAUCCCUGUAAGAAAAACUACCUCAGAAAUUGUGUGUACAUUUCUUAAGGAGAAUAUUCUUGUCAAGUUUGGAGUUCCUUAUAAAAUAGUCACGGAUAAUGCAUCAAAUUUCUCUUCGUCAGAAUUGAGCUUGUUUUGUUAUGACCAUGGAAUCACCUUGGCACAUGCUUCUAAUUAUUAUCCGCAGUGUAACGGUCAAGCAGAAUUAAGUAACAAGAACUUGAUUAAUAUUAUGAAAAAGUUAGUCAUUGAAAAUUUCAAGGAUUGGCAUAAAAAGCUACAUGAAGCACUAUGGGCGGAUCAAACUUCACCAAAGCGGGCCAUAGGGAUGUCACAAUUUGAGCUGGUUUAUGGAAUUGGCGCGCAAGUCUCUCUUCCUUUGGAAUUAGCUGCUUCUAAACUACAGACGGUGAUAGAAGAUGCAUUUUUUCAGAGCUCUCUCGAAAAGCGGGUCAUGUAUUUAACCAAAAUUGAAGAAGAGAGAGAAAAUUUGGUUGACAAGAUCACAAAGCAUCAGAUGAAGGUUAAAAAGAUUUUUGAUCAUAAGACAAGGCCCAGGAAGUUCAUAAAAGGAGACCUAGUGUUAUUAUGGGAUAAAAGAAGAGAACCGAAAGGUGCUCAUGGCAAAUUUGAGUCGCCGUGGAAAGGACCUUAUGUGAUUUACGAGGAAAAGAGGCCCAAUUCUUUUAAACUUGCUUAUCAAGAUGGUUUUGAGCUUCCCCUGUCCUAUAAUGGGCAGGAUUUAAAAUUGUAUCAAUUAUAA